AUGGGCAUUGUAUUACCAUAUUAUAUUUUGAUCAUCAUAUUAUGUUUAAGGGUACAUUCCCUUAAUGAUGUAGAAGCCUUGCUAAAAUUAAAGAAUUCCUUCACAAAUUCAGAGUCCCUAAACUCUUGGGACCCUAACACUUUUCCUUGCAAAAACAAGACUAGUAUUUGGAAGGGAGUCAUUUGUGUUGAUGGGGUUGUAAUAGGCCUAAGGUUGAAAUCUAUGGGAUUAUCAGGCAAUAUUGAUGUUGAUGCAUUGUCUAAUCUUGUAGGACUUCGAACUCUUAGUUUCGAAAACAAUAAUUUUUCGGGUUUUAUCCCUUGGCUUAAUCGAUUAGGCUCGCUAAAAGCCAUUUACUUGUCCGACAAUCAGUUUGAAGGGAAAAUUGAUCCCGAUUUCUUCAUUAACAUGGGGUCUUUGAAGAAACUUUGGCUAGCAAACAACUCAUUUUCAGGUGAAAUUCCAUCGUCGUUAGCCUUACUAAGGAAUUUAGUCGAGUUACACCUCGAAAAUAAUCGAUUUUCAGGCAUGGUUCCUCCCCUUAAGCAACCUCCAUUGGAAAGACUUAACUUAUCAAAUAAUGAAUUAGAAGGGCAAGUUCCUAUGAGUCUUUUGAACUUUAGGGAUGGUACUUCUUUUGUAGGGAACCCUAAUCUUUGUGGGGUUAUUGUAAGGAAAGAUUGUACGACUAUGAUUAAAGGAAAUAAUCAUGGAACACCCCUAAUUUCUCCUAUGACAUCUAUAGGUGAUUUGAAACACAAUCAAGAACAUAAUAAUAUAAGGCAAUUUCAAGGGAUUUUAGCAAUUUUUGUAAGUGUAACGGUGGUGCUUUUAUCCUUAGUUGUCCUAGCUAUCUUCAUUAAAGAAAAGAGAAGAGAAAAACAAGAUAUUCCUACAAGUAAUAAACCCAAAAACAAGCCUAAUGAGGCUGCGGUAGGGUUACAUGUUGAAGGUUAUACUAAAAUUUCCUCGAGUAAAGGGAGUUGUAGGAGAGGAGGCAGUAGUGCGGGGACAGGGGAUUUUGUCAUUGUUAAUGUUGAUAAGGGAAUGUUUGGAUUGACGGAUUUGAUGAAAGCUUCGGCUCAGGUGUUAGGAAAUGGGAGCAUGGGAUCGGCCUAUAAGGCGAUUAUGGGUAACGGAUUAGGAGUUGUUGUGAAGAGGAUGUGUGAGCUUAAUGUAUUGCAAAAGGAUGGUUUUGAUGCACAUAUUAGGAUGUUAGCUAGUUUUAAACAUAGGAAUGUUUUGCCUCCUUUGGCUUAUCAUUUUACAAGGGAUGAGAAGUUGGUUAUUUAUGAAUAUGUUCCUAAAGGCAGCUUACAUUACCUUCUACAUGGUGAUCGAGGAAAAGUUCAUGAAGAACUAAAUUGGCCAACACGUCUAAAAAUCAUAAAAGGAAUAGUAGAAGGCCUAUCAUCCCUUCACUCUCAAUUAAAAUCUUUGGACAUACCUCAUGGUAACCUAAAAUCUAGCAACAUUAUGAUUACCUUACACAAUGAACCAUUACUCAUGGACUAUGGCUUUAGUCCACUAACUAACCCUAAUGUCAUAACAACAACAUUAUUUGGUUAUCGAUCACCCGAAGUUAUACAAUACAAAAAGGUAUCACCAAAAUGUGAUGUUUAUUGCCUAGGAAUAGUCAUUCUUGAGAUCCUUACAUGUAAAUUUCCUACUCAAUAUCUUAAUGCCACCAAUGGUGGCACCGAUGUCGUGCAAUGGGUCGCCUCGGCCAUAGAAGAAGGCCGAGAAUUUGAAGUACUUGACCCUGAUAUUGUGUCGAAUUCGACGAGUUGUAAGGCUAGUAUGGUUAAGAUGCUACAUAUUGGGGCUGAUUGUAGUGAAGUUGAUGUUGAUAAAAGGCCUAGUUUGAGUGAAGCUAAGGAGAGGGUACAAAAUAUUGAUGUUCAUGAUGGUGGUGGUAGGGAUGUUAUGGCUCUUAAUGUCUAAUUUGGUUUGGAUAACGACAUUGUAGUUGUUGAU